AUGGAACUAUUGAAACCACAAACGACCACUAUGUCAGAGCUACCGAGACAACAAACGAUACAUGCAUGCAAGCAGCAACAAUCGAAAGUUUUCGAGUUACCACGAAUGUACGAGAGCGACCAUUCCUCUGUAUCUUCGGCAGAUUCAAGAGAAGAUGGGAACAUCAUACCAGACCCUGCCACUUUGCUAAACCUUAAACGAUCCCUUGCUUGGAGUCAAGACAGUGAAGAGAGCAUCAACAUUGAUAUGAAUACUGAUGAUGCUGAUGUUGUUGAUGUUGCGAGUUUCCUAUCUUCGUGGUCGACAAAGAUUGACAUGACGAACAGCAUGCAACAAAAUGAUGGCAAAGAGAAUGGAAUUCGACCGGUGCACUGGGAGCAACAAGUACAGAACCAACAAAACCUGGAAAGUAUAUACAGAGACUUCAUGCAAUAG